CCACACAGACACACUCCCACCCUCUUUCAGAGAAGUGAGGGAGACAGGGAGCUUUCGUCUUUGUGCCAGCCCAAUCCCUCCAUUUGUCCCUAGCCUGACGCUGGAAAAUCUUCAGGGCAUGAGAGAUAUCACUGGGCCUAGACCCCCCCCAAAACAACAUCUCUGUUUUCUACAGGGAGUUUCAAUUCCAGUAGCGGUGGUGGCAAAGCAGGAUCACAGGAAGCAGGAGGGACACAACAGAGUGGGUGACAGCCCCCUCUCUCUUUCUCCCCAGACAGCCUUGCUUCUCGCUUGCUCGCUGCAGUCUUUCUACCCAAGGAUGGGCCGGUCCUGCUAUCUAAUAGAGCAAGUGCCCAGAAAAUGUUGCCAUGCAUUUAGAAUGAGUGCUAAAACAUCAGAAGUGUUUUGAGGGUUGUGGCGGAAGCUUAUACCACCGUGGCUAAUUGGGAGCCAUGGGGAAGUCUAACAGCAAACUCAAGCCUGAGGUUGUGGAGGAACUGACCAGGAAGACCUACUUCACUGAAAAAGAGGUACAACAAUGGUAUAAAGGCUUCAUCAAAGACUGCCCCAGUGGUCAGCUAGACUCAGCUGGCUUCCAAAAGAUUUAUAAACAAUUCUUCCCCUUUGGUGACCCAACCAAGUUUGCCACCUUUGUCUUCAAUGUCUUUGAUGAGAAUAAGGAUGGGCGUAUUGAAUUUUCAGAAUUCAUUCAGGCACUGUCAGUUACUUCCAGGGGCACACUGGAUGAAAAACUACGAUGGGCCUUCAAGCUUUACGAUCUGGACAAUGAUGGCUACAUAACGCGAGACGAGAUGCUGAACAUUGUAGAUGCAAUCUACCAGAUGGUGGGAAACACAGUGGAGUUGCCAGAGGAGGAAAACACACCUGAGAAGAGAGUGGACCGUAUCUUUGCAUUAAUGGACAAGAAUGCAGAUGGUAUGCUGACUCUGCAGGAAUUCCAGGAAGGCUCCAAAGCAGACCCCUCCAUUGUCCAAGCACUAUCGCUGUAUGACGGGCUUGUGUAGCAUAGCAUGCCCUUGGUUCUCCACACUUGUGGACUGUUAAUAUGCUCCUUGUCAUCUGAAAGGGACAGAUCUGUUGCUUGUUCUGCCCUCUUACUCUUUCUGCCCAUCUUGCCCUUCUCAGCUACUUAAAGAGAGCAUAUGAACAUGGACUCAGUAUUACUGAAGUAGUGCGGAUCUUGGUCUAUAAUCAUUCAAGACCAUGGCUUCUAUAUAAACAUCAUGGGGGGAAUCUCCAGUGACAUUAAUAUUCCCGCUUGAGAAUUGUUUUAAUUUACAAGGAAGAAAGCAUAGAUCAAAACUUAAUGUCACUGGAGAGUUGACAGAAACGCAGCUGAUGAACUAUGAUCCAAACGUUGACUAUGUUUUUCUAUCUAUUUAUUUUGUUAAUGAGUGUCAGUAUGCCACUACAAGGAGCAGGCAACUGAAGAACAUUGCUGCUGAGUACAAAAUGAUGCACCCACGGUCAUUGGAAUGCUUUGGAAAUACACACUUAUUUGAUGUGAUUAUGGCGUUUAAUGUUUUAUAAAGUAACGCCUUAAAUGUUUAUUUUGCACAAAGUACAUUUUCGUUGAUGUUGUUGAUUUAAAAACCAAUGAAGACAUUUGAAUGGCUGCUGCUGUAAUUUUUUGUACAGGUAUUCUGUAUGUUAAAGGCAGGGUAGGUAAGUUUUGCCAAACCAGCUAUUUUGGUUUGAGUUUGAAAGUAUCCAACCCAAAAUAUCCCACACCCUCCCUUCAAAGUCACUCCCCCAAAACACAUGAACACGCUGCCUGACUACUGCGAUGAUACACAGGCAGAGGGCAUGCAGGUAGAUAGGUACAAACUAAGGUAAGUAGCCUGUUUAGUCCAAUCAUUGCAUUUGGUCCAAAGCAAUGAUUGGUUGUGUUUAUUACAGUUCUGCGACAGCCACUGAUAUUGGAUUAUUUUAUUUUUUUACAGUCAGACCAUUUGAUUUAUUGAUUGCUAUCAGGAUGUCAAGUUUAUUUCAGCAAAUAUGACACAAAGUGCUUCUCAAAAACAUUACCUACCUUGCCUUAAAGAAGUAGUUUAUUUAUUUAUUGUAAUGUACAAAAGUCAUGUUGACGUCUAAGCAAAUCUUCAAGGAUAGCACUACUAUUAUACUACUGUACUGCAAACACAUUACAAUCUGUGCUGUUAUUGCACACUUUAUAACACCCUAUGCUCCAGAGUUAUUUAUCAUGAUGAGAUCAAAGAAAAUACAAAGAAAAUUAGGU